AUGGCGACGAGCAAAGAUGAUAUAAAGUAUGGAACAGCACAGGCAAAAGUCUCAGAAGAUGAAAGCUUGAGAGUUAGAUAUAAGCAUGGAACACCUCUUGAAGGUGGCAAGAUUGCAGAUUCUGAACCUGUUCAUCUCUUCUCCAGUGCUGAAAAUAUUGCUAAGUCCACUCAGCAGCAGCAGAACACUUCAUCUGAUUCUUCUGCUAAUGAUAAUCCUCCCGGUCACCUGCACCGUGAUGAUAAAUAA